GGCGCCGAGGACCAAACACAACACCAACACUGUUGCAUUCCAUUUACAGUUUAAACGGUGUUUUGUGCGCGUCGCUUUAAUUUCGGUUUGAUUGAAUUUUGCUAUUGAUGCGAUGGACACGCCACGCCGCAAGCUGAGAAAUUUGCACAUGGAGAAUGUCCAGAACAGCAGCACGCCCAUCAACGUGCCGCCCUCGCCGAUGCUGAAGACCCUGGGCCACGGCACUGGAAUCCGGGUCUAUCGCUUGGACCGCUCGCCCCGUCUCGGCGAAAUCCGCUCGCCAUGGGCCGUCAAGCGGAUCACGCAGAACAUGCGGGUGAAGAAGGACACGCUCUUCAACGAGCGGAUUGUCCACGAGGCCGAUAUCCUACGCAAACUGAGGCAUCCAAAUAUCGUGGGAUUCCGAGGCGUUGUCACCAAUGACGAGGGCAUCAACACAUUGGCACUCGAAAUGUGCACCACUUCACUGGGCUCCAUACUCGAGGAGCGUCACGACGAGGAUCUGGGCCCGUUGCCGGCCAAGAAUACCUAUAAGAUGAUCAUGGACGUGGCCCUGGGACUAGAUUUUCUUCACAACGAAGCGCGUCUCAUGCACGGCGACCUCAAGUCCUUUAACGUCCUGGUCAAAGGCGAGUUUGAGAUCUGUAAGCUGUGCGAUUUUGGAGUCUCUCUUCCGCUGGACGAGCAUGGCGAGGUUAAUUUCCUAAAGAAUCCCGGACUGCGCUAUGUGGGAACUAGCCUCUGGUGCGCCCCGGAGGUUAUAGACGAAGUGGAUGUAAUUGACAGCAAGGCAGAAAUUUUUAGCUUUGGCCUGGUUAUCUACGAAACCCUUGCUCUGGUGCCUCCACAUACUUUGGAGCUCGAUGCAGCACUUGGAGAGGAUAUGGACAAUUCGCACGAUUUACCCACCGACACGGAGAAGGUGCAACGCAAACAGCUGGACUUCUCCAGCGAUGAAAGGAAAAACGGACUACCUUCUGCAAUGGAGGAACAUACAGACAACGAUAUGAGUCACGAUGAUGACGACGAGGAGGAGGAGGAAGAAGAGGAUGAAGAUGAUGACACCAAGGAGAACGACAUCUCCGACUUUACACUGAACAACCUUCAUUCCGCCUAUGGUACACGCCCACCACUGCCAGUGGCCUUUCAACUGAGCGACGAUUACAACUGCAUCGUGGAGCUGUUUUAUCUGUGCACAAAUGCUCUGAGCGAGGAUCGUCCAGCGGCCAAAACCAUUUGGCAGUGCCUGGAGAACAAUGCCGCAAAUGUGGCGACUGGAAGCGAUUAGACUGAUUAUCAUUCUUAGCCUCCGAACUCCACAAUCUUCCUCUUCAAUGUAAUUUGCUUAGAUGACUCAUUUUUGUUUUGAAUGUACGAUUAACUAGCUCUAAUUUUUACCAUGUAAGAUCAAACCAAUUACCAAGCCCCAAAUUCGCGAAUACACACUUGAACAAAUGUACAUAUUCAGCAACCAAAAGAGUGGUCGAAUAAAUCGAAUCCCUAAUGAAACAACAA